ACCCGAGGCCAUUGUGAAUUGAAGACCRGUGACAAGGUUGUCGGACCAAACAUCGAUACGGGCAAUGGGAUCGUUCUCCGGGACUAGAAAUACACUAUAGGUAGUAUUUUUUGCAUGCAUUUCAACUCCGCCGAAAACGUGAAUGCAAGGUUCCUGCUCACUGUUUUGAUGAAAGGGGGUGUCGAAUUCAAAGAAWACUCUAUUGAUCAAUGCAUGAUAUUUGACGGUGCCGUGAGCAUAUGGUCCAGCAUGGAUGUGAACUUUGCGAAGGCCGGAAAUGUUGCAACCGGAAUCAAACGCAUAGCCCCCAUUGCCUCCCUUUGCCUCUUGUUUGUCUAAGGACAUUAGGCACUUCAUUCCCUCUCUGUUAACAACCAUUUUGAUUUUAUUUGAAUUUAGUUGGAUCAAUUGCUUCUAAAAAUUGUGCAGUGAAUGUCUCUUGAAGUUCUUGAUUUGUACGACCAUAUUUUUCUCUCAAUUCACUUUCUUAUUCGUGCCCUAGAAAAAUGAUGUUUUUCGAAAGUCAGGAAGGGCUGUCUGUACGAUCAAAUAAAUCGAACAAAAACUUCAAAUGGGACUAAAUAUUUAGGCAAGAC